AUGAGUUUGCUCAAACUCCUGCAGGUUGCCCUUUUCGCCGCCCUAGCCAUGUGCGCUAGCGCUGAGCCUAAAGCAGAUCCGGCUCUGUUGGCCGCUCCGGUUGCUCCGGUGGCCUACUCCGCCCCGUUGGUGCAGGCACCCUUCGUCGCUCGGUCCGUGGCUGCCCCGCUCGCCUACUCGGCUCCGCUCACCUACUCGGCCCCUCUAGCCUACUCUGCCCCGGUAGUAGCCCGUGCCGCCUACAACGCUGCUCCUGUCGCGUACACUGCCCCAGUUGUGGCUGCUCGGGCAGCACCACUUGCUGCUGCCGCUUACACGGCCCCUGUAGUGGCUGCUGCUGCUCCUGCCGUUGUGGCCGCUCGUGCCGCUGCCCCACUUGUGGCUGCUGCUCCAGUCGCUACUGCUCCGGUUGUGGCCGCUGCUCCAGCUGUCGUGGCUGCUCGUGCCGCUCCAGUUGUUGCUGCUGCUCCGGUGCAGGCUGAAUUCACUGACGCCUACCCGCAGUACCAGUACGCGUACAACGUCCAGGAUACGCUGACCGGCGACUCCAAGACUCAGGAGGAGACCCGCGAUGGUGAUGUUGUGAAGGGAUCGUACUCGCUGAUCGAACCCGACGGUUCGCGCCGUAUCGUCAACUACUAUGCUGAUCCCAUCAACGGUUUCAACGCCGUCGUGCAGAAGGAUGUGCCGGUGGCCGUUGCAACACCCGCCGUUGCCGUUGCCGCCAAGACGGUCGUUGCCCCGGCCGCCGCUGCCGUCGUCGUUUAGGAUACGGAUUUGCCACGCAGGACCACACCAAGGCCAAGCUCUCGACUGUAAAUAAUGCCACCGUCGCCAACGGGACGACAGAUGACCAGGAUCUUCGUGCAACUUUGAAGCAUUCGUCCAUUUGUACAUAAUUUCCACUGUCCCUUAGGGCACUCUGCUUUCUUUCCUGCUGACUUCACCCUGUCAACUUUCCCUGCACUGACUUUUCUCCACGAUCCCGUCCCACUCCACUCGUUUAAUCCCUUUCUGAACCCACUAUCUGUUGCAAAAUUGUUCUAAAGAUAUGUGAAGAAAUACAGGAAAAUCUGCAUUUGU